GAGACACACAAUUUGUAAUUGUUACUGCAGGGAAAGCAAAACCAAUUUGAACCACAAAACCGAAAGAAGAAGAAGAAGAAGAAGAAGAAGAAGAAGAAGAAGAAGAAGAUAAGGUAACCCAAAUGGCCGCUUCCAAAUCUUCCACCACUAUUCCUCUUCUUACACCGUACAAGAUGGGAAAGUAUGAACUUUCUCAUAGAAUUGUUUUGGCACCAUUGACUAGACAAAGAUCAUAUGGCACCAUCCCUCAGCCACAUGCCGCAAUAUACUACUCGCAGAGAGCAACCAACGGGGGUCUUCUAAUUGCUGAAGCAACCGGAGUUUCUGAUACUGCUCAAGGGUAUCCAAAUACGCCUGGUAUAUGGACAAAAGAGCAUGUUGAAGCAUGGAAACCAAUUGUUAAAGCUGUUCAUGAUAAAGGGGGUGUCUUCUUCUGUCAGAUUUGGCAUGUUGGAAGAGUCGCAAAUAGCAAUGUUCAACCAAAUGGCCAAGCUCCAAUCUCUAGUACAGACACUCCAUUAGCCCCGCUAGUACGAGCUAAUGGCUUUGAUGUUGCUCAUUUCACACCUCCAAGGAGGCUUAGAACAGAUGAAAUUCCCGGAAUUGUCAAUGAUUUUAGACUUGCUGCAAGAAAUGCAGUGGAAGCAGGUUUUGAUGGAGUAGAAAUCCAUGGUGCUCAUGGCUACCUUAUCGAUCAAUUUUUGAAAGACGAAGCCAAUGACAGAACAGAUCAAUAUGGUGGAUCACUAGAGAACCGCUGUCGGUUCGCGCUAGAAGUGGUUGAAGCAGUAGUUAAUGAGAUCGGGAAAGAGAAAGUUGGGAUUAGAAUAUCUCCAUUUGCUCCUUACAAGCAAUGUGGAGAUUCUGAUCCACAAGCACUAGGACUCUAUUUGGUUAAAGCCUUGAACAGAUAUGAGAUUGCAUAUGUCCACACGGUUGAGCCAAGAAUGAAUCAGGCUGGGGAAAGUCAUCAUAAAUCCCCAUACAGCCUUAAACCCAUGAGAGAGGCUUUCAAUGGUACUUUCAUCGUGGUCGGGGGUUAUGACAGGGAGGAUGGAAACAGAGCCAUAGCAGAGAAACAUGCAGAUCUUAUUGCAUUUGGUCGUCAUUUCUUGGCUAACCCUGAUUUACCAAAAAGAUUUGAGUUAAAUGCUCCUCUGAAUAAGUUUCACAGGGAGACUGCCUACACUUCCGAUCCUGUUAUUGGUUACACUGAUUAUCCUUUUCUUGAUGAAACAGAAGCUUCAAAGGUUGUGUGAAAGCAUCAGCUUUUGUGCUGUUAUUUUAUAUUGUGCGUAAGAAACUUUAUUCAAAAGAUUUGUGUGGAUUUGAAUAAUUUUGUGGUAGAAAAAAUGCUAUAGAGGUACCAUCUUUUCUACUAAGACAUUUACCAAGUUUGUGUGUCUCAUUAUUUAAUCAGUUGUAUCAGCUGUAUUUCUUAAGCUGUACUUGUAACAGAGUUUGACUCUGAUUCAUUGUGAUAGAAAUAAAAAGAUCAACAGGGUUGUUCCACUCUA